AUGAUCUCUGCUCUGCUGCUGUCUGCAGCUCUCGUCACAGGUAAAAAGACCAAUUUUUGAUCUGCUUCUUUACUAAAGAAUCUGAGUCUACGCACCUGUGCUGUUCCUCCCAUUGAACCACAUUUACCUGUAAGCCUGUAACCCAAGAACUUCAAAUGAACAAUCUUAAUAUCAGCAGCAGCUUUUUCCUCUUUAAAUGUAAAUUUGAGAACUAUGGGAAACCUUGAUUUUACCCACUCUUACAAAAACCUAUAUGUCUUCUGUAAAGGCCCAUGGACCAAUAACAAAUGCUCCUUAUGUUCACAAGGUCAGCCUUGCAAAACUCAGGGAAAUGUAAUUUCCAUAACUGCAGGUCAGGAAAGUUUUACAUGCUGGAAACUUGUUCAUAGAAAUCAGUCAAGAACCUGAUCAUCUGAUAAUCUGAACCUGAAUUUAAUCCCUGAGCUCUGAACUCUUAAAAUGUUUACUGGAGGCAUGUUUUUUCUGUUUUUUAUCUUUUACUCUGCCAGAGCAGUUUAGCAUGCUUAGCAGCUCAGAACGCCCUGAGUAAAUUUAUCUGUGAAUGAAAGUGUGAGAUGCUCUACUGUAUUGACAGAUAUAAAACACUUGAAGGAUAACAAGUAGGUUUGAUUCCAGUCUGGUCAAUGUGAUAACACUUACUAUGAGUCAUCAGCUGUCUGUGAAACACUACAGACUUACUAAGUAAUCUCAUUGAGGAGACAGUUGAAGCCUUGGACUAAUAUCAGUAGCCAUGUUUACAUGGGAAACAUUUGUUGAUCAGAUUAAAAAUUUGAGGGAUCGGAAAAUCUGAAUCCACUGUUUAUAUGGAUGCAAACAUGGAUAAUCUGAUCAUGGCGUGCAUGUUUGCCAAAGAUUUAUUCAGAUUAGAAGCAUUUGGACAUGCGCAGAGCUGUCUAAUUUUGCUAAAACAACCACAGAAGAAGAGUUGUAUUUAUGCCUGUGCUGUGACUCAAACGCUGUAGUGGCUCACUUCAUCCAAUUCAGGAUUUCCCCCUCUGUUAAAUGUUGUCACUAAAUGGUGUACUUGCUUACUUAUUUUAUUGUUCUGUCAAAGGCUGCACUGUGUGCACAGAUGUGACAUUAUGACACUGUAUGUAUGUCUAAUAAUGUUAUUGGAGGAGCAGACACAGCACCUGUUUUAUGCCAGUGUUAAUAAUGAAACCUCCUGUACUGACCUCGAUAAAUAAAGAGUAAAGAACAAGUCAGGUUAGAGAGUCACAAUAAGUGUUGAUAUGGACAUAUUUCGGAAUAACCAUUGGCAUAAACCACCCCUCUUGAUUGGAAUACAAUUUCUUUCAGAUUGAGCCAAAUUGGAUCAGAAUCUUCCGAUCAACAUGUUUACAUGAUUACAUUUUCACUCUGAUCAGGCCUUCAUUCCGAUUAUUUGUGUUCAUGUAAAUGCAGCCAUUGUGUGGUCAGCUUUACGGUCAAUAACCUCAGCAUCUUUGGCCUCUCGUGAGACCACUACAAGGAAUAAUAAACCUAGACCCUGAACUCAUCUCCUGUCAAACAGAGGAAUCAACAUGAAAACAAAAGUUUCUUAUGGGGUUAAACAAAUUAUGAAAAUAUGACAAAUAAACAGAAUCUGAACGGUUGAGUAUAUAACAGUAUUAAUUCUAAAAACUAAAAGGAGGACCCAUGUACAGAACUCAAAAUGUUUAAUUGAACAAAAGAAUAUACUUGAAACAACAAAAGUACUUACUUAAAAUUGAAAAGAAUCGACUGAAAAAAAUCUAAAUGCAAAAAAACAGGGAGCAAGCAAUCCCAUAUAAACAAAAAGGUACAGGGACAAACACAAGGAAGCAAGGUAGGGCAUACACAGCAGCAACACAAGGCUACGACACAGACAUGAAUAUCAACAGUGAGCCAACAAAGACAGAGGUAAAGACAUGUGCUGUAUACACACACUGGAAAACAAGCAACAGGUCAGACUCGUAAGUGAUUAACAAAGGAGGGAAAACUGAGGAAGUAAAGCCAGACUUGACACACAAGGAUUGACUGCUAUAGAAUACAACAGGAAACACUGAAAACUGAACUGAAGAAACCAAACUGUGAAAAACAUGAACAACAGGAACAUGAGAAUAAUUGACACAGGGGAACAGAAACACAAGGAAAAAUACACAGGAAACUUAAUUAUAAAACCAGCAAAAACUAAAUUAACGAGAACUUUUCCUGAUAAUUAUUUUCUCCAAGUAUCUCCCAGCACAACCUUAGUCUUUUCUUCUACUGUCAUUUCAGUGUUUGGGGGUUCAUUCUCUAAUCUCUAUUGCUGUUUUUUUUUUUUUUUUUUUAGAUUUAUGUUGUUAUUUUAAGACUUACAAUCAAAACAAAUAUCUGGCUUUUGAAGGUUUGAGUUUUUUGCUAAAUCAGCAGAUUAUUUUUUCCUUUCUCAGGAUUCAUAGCCACAUCAUCUGAGGACAGCACUGGGUGGAACUUCACUGUUGUUUUUCCUGAGAACAUCGCCUUCUAUUAUCCAAAUCGCCCCUACAACAGGGUCUACAUUACCUCCCUGACCAAUGAAACAAAAAUCUACAUCAAGACACACGUUGUAGACACCAGCAAAACACUGAGUGCAGGGCAAACAGAAGACUUUCUUUAUAAUGAACGCCUGGAGCUUAGAAGGUCUAACUAUUCAAAUGUCACUCUGAGGAUCACCAGCAACCAGAGAGUCACCAUUCACGCCAUCAGCCUCAAAAGCACCAGCAUACAAACAGUUCUGGUUAUACCCAAUCACAAACUGGGGACAGAGUACUUCAUUCCACCAGUACCACCAAUCCAAGGAACCACCGUCAAUGUAACUGAACGCCAACAUUUCAGGCUCAUCAUCGUCAAUACCAACCAAAUGAAUGAAGUCACUGUUAAAGCAAAACACCCCCAAAAACUUUCCCUGCAUCCUGACCAGGUCGCUCAGGUCUUCAUAACUGACGACACCUACCAAAGUGUGAAAGCAGACCAUCCAAUCACAGUCAUCUUUGGUCACACCUGCGCCAUCUACUUCAACUGCACCUGCAGUCUGCUGUACACCAUGCUGUCACCUGCCAGCCAAACCCCUCUCAAGUUCUACAUCCCAACUGUCGUAGUCAAGGGCGCAGAAACAAAGACGUCUCUCCUCCUAUCAAACAAAACGACCACCGAAGUCAAGAUGUUUGACCUAGGCUUACCAGUGGUGGAGACAGCUGGGACCGCCAUCCUUUUCCAUGCAGGCUUACUCCUCAAACUGAUUCCUGUGACAGACUUUGCCGCCUGUUACUUCAUUAACUUCCUACCUAAUGUAGACAACUUUGCAGUGAUCCUAGUCCACAAGAACCAUAUUGAUGGAGUUCACAUGGGGAGCUCUCCUUUAAAGACUACAGAUUGGGAGCGGCUGACGGGGACAGAUUACGUCUCUACAAAAGUUAAACUGACACCAGACAAACGUCUCAUCUGGCAUUCCUUAACCAUAAUGGCUGUCUACUUUCAAGGAAGAAGGAACCAGAGCCGGUUUGGGAAUCCAGCAGCUGUUCUCAGUAAAUCUCCAGGUAAGUACCUCUGACUCCAACAACAUGGAGACACAAAAGCAAAUCAGCCUCCACACACAUACAGACAGCUAACUUUCCAAAACCCCACCUAAGCUGCUGCUUUUUGAGUGAAUGUUUACCACCCUAUUUUUUUUUGUUGUAAGUGUUGUGUUAUCUGAACUUUUCACAGAUUACAGAGGCUGCAUCUCAUCUCCAGAAAACCUGACAAUCGGUAGUGAUGCUAUGAGCUGGCCAGAAUCAGUGCAGUACUGCAGAAAGCAAAAAAUGGAGCUGAUCAGCCUCUCCAACAGUGACCAUCAGAGACAAAUCUAUGAUAAAAUCCAGCAGGCUAUGAACCCCAGCCCGCAGGAGAUGUGGAUCGGCAUGCGCCGCAGCUCCCUCAACACAGAGUGGUCAUGGCUGAAUAAGAAUCUGGUCAAUGACACCAACUGGGCGGAAAACGAGCCAGGCGCUGUGGAGGAGGGUCACUGUGUUGUCAUGAGUGCUAAUUCUACAGGGAAAGGCUUUGUCUGGAGUGACAAAGAGUGCUGUGAAAAGGCCUAUCCUGUCUGCUACAUUCCCCCAAUCCUCAUCUCCUUUUAG